GCGAGCCCCUCACCCCGCCCGUGCUCGUAGGCGCCCGUGAGAUCUACGAGCCGACGGAACUUAUCAAGAUCGGGUGCCAGCUGAGACGCCCGUUCCACCACGAGCACAAGCCGACCUUACAGUGGUAUCUCGAAGGCAGUCAGGUUGGCUCUGAAUGGGUGACCCCUUACGGAAACGCUCUGCAACAGGGCUCCUCCGGCCUCUCGCUGCAUGUGCCGGGCGAACAGAUCGCGUCCGCAGGCGGGAGUCUCCAAGCCGAGUGCCGCCUCACCCUCGGCCCGCACACCCUCAGCGCACGCAAGACACUGAGGGUGAGGAUGCGGAUGAUCUCUUACGUGGAUAAUUACCAUUCUACAGAGCCAUAUACACAUCAGGCGGAUGUAAUACCUUGUUCAAGCCCGGGAGACCAGGUGUUUGUAUGUGAUGCUACAUUUCACACGGGGUUCGUAGUCUACAGAAUUAGUGCAAAGGGCUUGUGUGAUGGUAUUUCCACUGGGAAUGGGAAAACAUACUUAUAA